CGCCGGGAGUCCGACGUGGAAGUUGCUGGCGGACCAGGCUUGCGAGGAGACCCAGGCCGAGCGGAGGUGGCGGCGCCAAGGCUGGAAUAGAAGUCGCUGCCGAGUCCCGGCCUGUCUGUGAGGAUCGGCGAGGGCGGACAGGCGGUUCAUCAUGGGUGGCUUUUUCUCAAGUAUUUUUUCCAGUCUCUUUGGAACCCGGGAAAUGAGGAUUUUAAUUUUGGGACUAGAUGGUGCUGGAAAAACCACAAUUUUGUACAGAUUACAGGUUGGAGAAGUCGUUACUACUAUUCCUACCAUCGGGUUUAAUGUAGAGACAGUGACGUACAAAAACCUUAAAUUCCAAGUGUGGGACUUAGGAGGACAGACAAGUAUCAGGCCAUACUGGAGAUGUUAUUAUUCCAACACAGAUGCAGUCAUUUAUGUAGUAGACAGUUGUGACCGAGACCGAAUUGGCAUUUCCAAAUCAGAGUUGGUUGCCAUGUUGGAGGAGGAAGAGCUGAGAAAAGCCGUACUAGUGGUGUUUGCAAACAAGCAGGACAUGGAGCAGGCGAUGACUCCCUCAGAGAUGGCCAAUUCACUUGGCUUACCGGCCUUGAAGGAUCGGAAAUGGCAGAUAUUCAAAACAUCAGCCACCAAAGGCACUGGCCUUGACGAGGCAAUGGAAUGGUUAGUUGAAACAUUAAAAAGCAGACAGUAAUUCAGUCACUUCAGCUCCUCUGAAACAAAGGCUCCAUCACAUCUCUCUCUGGAAACAGUCAUAUAUGUUUCACAUGCCUAAAGGUUAAAACCAAAUGAUCGUUGGCAUACACUGAAAAGAUUGCAGCAUUUGUAAUAAAUACAGAAAUAAGUAUUUGGUUGGAGGGGUAACUUGAUUCAAUCACCUGAAUGUUCUAUAUAGUAUAAAAUAUUCCUUGCUUUCUUGUGCUAAGGUAUACUAUUUGUACGGAGUUCAUAUUCAAAUACAAUUCUAUUAAAGAAUACACUCUUAUUGG